CACAGUUUGGGUGACGCUCCCGAAGCACGUUGAGCUAAGUUGUCAAUCUAACUGGCUCCAACCGCCCCAGUGAAAGCCAGUUUUUAUGUAUUUAUCCUUCUAUAAAUUCAGUUCGUAUUUAUUAGCAGUAUGAACGGGGCUGUUUUGGCUCGUUUCUCUGUGUGAUUUAAAGCCGCAGGAGGAUAUGCAGUUUAAUAAUCCAGCAGAUCUCAGUCAGGAAGGAAAGACUUGCACUGCAAACCUGCAGACCUGAGCUAACCCAUUUUAUUUAACUGCUUCACGACUUCCUUUCACCGGGGUUUUUGUUUUCUUUUUUUACUAUUUCUUUUUUGUAUUUUUUUUUUUUUUGGAAAUGAGAACGACAUUAUUGCUGUUGCAUGCCAUCUCAUGCUGCGGGUUGGUCAGUGCCACACUUUCAAAAACUGAUGCAAAGAAGUCGCAUAAAGCUGAGGCCGAGACAUCUCCAGCUGAGUUGUCUGCGUUGGAGAGAGGCCUUGUUGUGUCAGACCCGCACUGGAAAGACAUAGUGAAGGAGGAAAAGAGAUACUGUGCUCACAUCAAGAGAACAUUUCAAGGACAAGUGCUUGGAUAUGUUACACCUUGGAAUUCCCACGGCUAUGACAUCGCCAAAAUGUUCGGCUCCAAACUGACUUCAGUGUCUCCAGUGUGGCUUCAGCUCCGCCGACGGGGACCCGAAACCUUUGAUGUCACUGGACUCCACGAUCAUGACCCAGGCUGGGUCAAAGCUGUACGCAAGUCUAAUAAAAAAGUGAAGAUGGUGCCUCGGCUGUUAUUUGAUGGUUGGUCUUAUCAGGACUAUAUGAGCGUGCUGGGGAGUGAAGAUGAAAUCGAAGAGAUGGGAAGUGAGCUGGUGGAUGUCGCAAAGACCGAAGGUUUCGAUGGUUUCACCUUGGAACUGUGGAGCCAGCUGGGAGGUAACAAAAGAAAGGAGCUGGUCCAUUUGGUGAAGCACAUAUGUGAGACUUUGAAGGCUAAGAGAUUAGACUGCAUUCUUGUUAUUCCACCUGCUGUGACAAGCACAGGGCAGCCGGGUAUGUUCGGCAGGGAGGAGUUUGAGCAGCUGGCCCCUGCAGUGGAUGGAUUCAGCCUCAUGACAUACGAUUACUCCAGCGGUGCCAGGCCAGGCCCGAGCUCUCCUCUGCCCUGGGUGAGAGACUGUGUUCUCCAGCUUGCACCCAACACUCAGUGGAGGCAAAAGAUCCUGCUUGGACUCAAUAUGUAUGGCCUUGAUUUUGCAAGCCAGGGAACAGAGCCAAUCCUGGGAGGAAGGUACAUUGAGCUUCUGCGAGAACACAGGCCCAAACAUCUCUGGGAUGAGUAUUCUGGAGAGCAUUAUUUCAGUUACAAGAGGAACAAUGUGAAGCAUGUCGUGUACUAUCCAUCACUGAAGUCGAUGUACCUGAGGAUCUCUUUAGCAGCUGAACUGGGAACAGGACUUUCCUUAUGGGAAUUGGGACAAGGACUGGACUAUUUCUACGAUCUCCUAUGAGAGUCGGACUUGAGAGUUAAGACUGUGGAAACAUCAGCACAUGGAUUUUUUUAUUUUUUUUUUUUCCUCUGAACAUGGUGCACUAAAAAUUCAUUUUUGUUUUAUUCUUUUCUGAGUGAGUUUCAGGCAACUGUGAAACAGAAUUUGGUUAAUGCUCAACUUGUUUGAGGGUCAUGAAAGUGUUGAGAAAUCUCGCCUCCAUGACGAAAUCUGGUAUUUGUUGAUUCAAAUGCUACUAGCAGAGACACUAGGUACUUCAGUAUGCUGUAUUCCUUUUCAUGGAUGCUAUUGUAGGAAAAAAAAAAUCAGCUUAUACAGUGCAGCAACACAUCUCCAUCCAGCUACAGGGACUGCAUGAUUACCAGUGUGUAUAAAGUUUAAAUGAAGGGUAUUAUUCUCGUUUUGAGGCCUUCAGACUUUGCGUGCCACAAACCCCUGCAGCUUCUCUUCAGUCCAUUUCCAGAAAUCUUCAGUUUUGCUCCCCACAAACUUCUCUGCACUUGGAUGCAGCUUUGCUUUCUCUGGAAAACGUGUCUUUGUCUGGCUUUGAACAAUCUGAAAACUCCAUCUCACCACGAGAAGGUUUUCUAUCUCCUUUUUUUUUUUUAAACAUUUUCAAAUCGAGACAUUUGAUUGUGUGUUUUUUGUUUUUAUUAUGUUUAUAAUGACAGCAUUGACAAGUAAUGAAGUUGUAUAAACAGUGCUGACAAACAUUUGUUCUGACCCAGCAUCUUCCAGUAUUUGUCUGAGAUAAAUGUAUAUCAACAUGAAUAUAAAUGUGGAACAAAUGA